AUGAGUGGCACAGGACUCGGAUGGCCCGCUUUAGUGCCACCAUACCGCAACCGCCUUGAAGAGUGGUUUAGCACGCCUGAGAAAUUGUAUGCCUCAUUCGACACGAGGGAAGAGCUUGUAUCAUUGCUUAGGGCUUGCGAUAACACGCUUCUUGAAAGUAGCCUGCAGUUGAUUGCGGAUGCACUUCUUGAAUGGCAUGCAGACAAUGCCCGCACAGUUGCGAGUGGGCGCAGGGAAUCAAGGAGGCGCUUGACAGAGUGCUUGCCCAGUGUCCCGGGAACUGGCCUUAGCUUGCAUGAGCAUUACAAUCAGAUUGCACUUCAGAGUCCACUUGCGUUGCUUCCGGUUCUUCGCAAGCGGAAGUUAGCUACUGAUAGGGUCGUAGAUCGCGGUGCCAGGGCCACUGAAGAGAUACGACUUCGGCAGGAGUAUGCAUUGCGUCUUGCAGCCAUCAUGCAGGAGGCGCAACUGCCGGUGUGCAAGGUGCUUGCAGGGGUCAGCAAUGCCGAGGAAGCCUGGCCACGGCUGUUCGGGACCCGUCGAUCCAAGACAUUGAGAAAUCGCUUUAGGGCUUGGGGCAAGUUUCGGGAAUGGUUGCUUUAUAGCCGUGGCAGGAGCUAUCCGGAAGGGGUAGCUGAUGUGUUAGAUUAUGCCAAUGAACGAUUCCAGGAAGGAUGUGGAAAGACAGUUCUCGAAAGCCUGCAAGCCUCUCUCAGUGUAAUUGAAGGUGUAGGGCGCGUGCCGUCUACGCAGCAGAUAUCUCAGGAUCCCACAUGGCAGGCGCAGCUCAAAAGUUACACAGCCAAUUUGGUUUCGGCGGCACCGCCGGAGCAGCCAGCCAGCAUGCUCACUGUUGCUAUCGUCCUCGCAUGUGAGAUCUUCGUUUGCACGCCUGGGGAGCCUAGUUACUUGAGAGCAUUGGGCUUUGUCUGCUUAUUGAUGGUUUGGGGGUCGCUUCGGGCUGAUGAUGUUCAGGGGCUCCUGCCGCAGACCAUGCUUCUGGACGAGCGAGGGCUUAGCAUUGAUCUCGCGCGGUCCAAGACUACAGGGCCCGACAAAAGGACCCACACCGUCAAGGUCUUCGUGGAACGGAGUAUCUCUCUGACAGGGCAUGAUUGGCUGAAGGUCGGAUAUGCACUUUGGAAGGAUUUCGAUUUUGAGAGGGAUUAUCUGGUUUUGAAGGCCAAUGAAGGUUUCACGGAACCCCUGGAGAAGUCGGUGCCUUCCUCCACGGUGGCCCUUUACUUCCGCAAAGUUCUCAGUGAGUUGAAAACGCCCAAGCGUGAGGGGCGCACCUGGAAGGCCAAUGAUCAGCGUCCGCUGCUCCCGGGAUACACUUCCAGUCAUUUUACGGGACAUUCUGCGAGGAACUUCCUUAGCUCGGUCGGAGCGGCCAUCGAUGUCGACCCCAGGGAGCUUGAUUAUCUGGGUCGUUGGAAGGUAGGUGGCGAAGGUUCUGCAACCUACAUUCGCACUUCUAGGCAGGUUGUGCAUCGUCUCCAGAGUCACAUUGCUUGUUCCCUUGUCACCGGACAGCCAAAGCACUACAUCGAGGUGGAUUCCAUCAAGGCUUUGACGGACUAUGCAGCUAAGGCGGGGGAGAGCGAAUCUCAGGUUCGUCGCCGUCACACCCUCCUCGAGGGAUCCAAAGGCUUGGGCGGAUCGUGGCCAACUCUGGCAUUGGAAGUGGGUGUUGCGGCACCACCUUCUCCAGUCGAGCAGGUUUCGAUGCCAGGCAGCCGGGGGGAUUACUUCAUCGUUACCUCUCGCACCACAGGCCUGAGGCGUCUGCACAUGUUGGGCUGCUAUGUCAAGCCUGAGAAUUGUUAUGAUGUGAAAUUUGUCAGUCAUGUCGGCGCGGAGGACGUCGAUAACAUUUGCAAAGAUUGCAAAGCAAGAAUGAAGGCUCAGGCCGGAGAGGAGGAAUCAGACCCCUCCAGCAGUGACAGUGGGAGCGAGUCGAUGCGAUUCCAGGCAAUCGCCGAUUCCCGGCCGGAAGCUCGGGCUGCUGGGAAGGCGGACUUUGGUUUUGAUGAUGGGGCUGCUGAUGGGCGACAACAAAUCGCGGGGGUCGUCGCUGCAUGGGAACUUGCGCGCGACGUAAUCAGCAAAGAGACGGAAACACGAGCAGAGGCGAAAGUGUUAGGCCAGCCGCGAAUCUUGCAAGUCACAGAGAGGCAAGCAAUGCUCAAGGCGGUAGCGGCCGUUCACGGGCAGCUGGGAGAGUCGGAGACUCCAUCGUCUGAGUACCUCGCUCUCAAGUGCGAGGAGUGCGAAGCCAAUGAGCCUCAGGCUUCAACCUUGGAUGCCAUAACUUCGAAGAAGAACACGCUCACCACGAGCAUCCAGUCCAGCCUUGACGCUUCGGGGCGAAUUCAUAUUACUCAGCACAAAUCCAAGAGUGAGCUCCCGACUACUACAGAAGCUUAUCGCAAGGUCCUUCGCGUGGAAGCUUUCACAUGGCUAUGCAUGGCAUCCCGCUUUAAAUCCAAGCAGUGGCUUCAGGAUCUCAAGCUGUCUGACUUCGACCACUUCGUGAACUACAUCCUUGGCGAAAAGGUCGCUCAGCUCUCAGUGCCUACGUCUCAUCAGCCAGCCGAUGAGACCUACUUCACGACGCCGCUCGCCUUGUCCAUCAUUGAGCGACCACGCAAGUGGCACAAAGGCAAGGGGAAGGGCAAGGACGGUGAUGUGGGCUCUUACCUUCAGUCGUUGGGCAAUGUCACUAACCUUCUUCAGUUCGAUCUUCAGCGCUCCACGGAGCAUGACUUGACUAAGGAAGGCUUGUGGCAGCACAUCUUUCAAUUGCUUGGCGAAGGGGAUUGGAUCCUCAUUGUGGAGCAGGCUAAUUAUUUUCUUGAUCAGACCGUGACGGCAUGUCAACUUGCAUGGCAGUAUGUCCUGGAGCACCCGGAGGAUCUCGGCGCAACGCCGGAUCACGAGUUACCGGCUUCCAUUUGGCAGCUACCAGCUCUGCGUGAGCUCCAGGUUUCCACUCAGGCCAUCACUUUUGCUUUCUUUCAAUGCGGCUUUGAGGCUCCCACUUCCAAACCUACACGCCUUCUCACUAAUCUACGGGCCUUUGUCGAGCAGCCUCCGCCUUUUGCUUCAUGGCCACGCUUCGACUCCAGCGAUCGCUACGUGGGGCCGUUGCCGCCACGCUGCCCGCACGGGAAACACGACAAAGUACUUGCAGGCCGAGAAGGCUCCCGCUGGGCGACCGAGUCAUCAGCAGCCUAUCCUCCUCUGUUGUGUGAGUGGCUUGCGCAUGCUGUGCUUGCUUCCGCUUCGCAGGGGGGACUUGGGUCAGCGCCGCACAGCUCCGUUCCAGGAGUUCGCACGCAUCAUUUCUUCAUCGAGAGCCCCGACUCGGGCUUGUACCGGAAGGGUGGAGGCCUGAUCGGGCUCAGGUCCGCGUGCAAAGGCUUCCCGGCUUCCACAGAAGCAUUGGCAUCCUUCGUGCGUAGCAACAUGCCCGGGCACCCCUUUACCACGAUUAGCCUUUACCUUAACACUGGCACCAAGCCCCACAAAGACUCCAGGAACGCACCUUUGCCCAAUGGGAUAAUAGGGGUUACUGACUUCGUAGGAGGAGAGAUCUGGGUCGAGGCCCAGGAUGGGGAGUCUGUUCAGAUUGUUGACGGUAAGCGCUUAAGUGGUCACCUUCUUCCGAUCAGUGAGACACCCACCUACAUACAUGCCUACCGCGAUCUUCACCUCACAAUGCCCUGGAAAGGUAAGAGAUUAGUCAUCAUAGCUUUCAGUGUAUCGGAGCAUACUCAGGCAUGCGAUGAGGAUCUCGCGUUUCUUCGCGGGCAUGGUUUCGUCCUUCCGGGCGAAGAGCACAGUGUUGAUCUUGAGGCGGUCCAGUCAGAUGAUUCGGAGGUGCUGGAGGGGGGUGAGGUCGAAAGACCGGAGCCCUUCAAGCAUCAGGAGUGCCACAACAUCGGGCUGCCUUUGAACCUCGAGUGGGAUGGCAAAACUCAGCCGAUCACGGAUGGCUUUGGACUCUGCUCACCCACUAGAUGGCCUCCGGAAGCCAGGGGGGGCCUGCUGCCCAAGCAGGCUUUGGAGUUCGCCACUGCCAUGCAUCAAGUGCUUCGAGACUUUGUAGCGGACGUUGUGCCUGAUAUCAAACGCACGGCGAUGGAGCUUGCGCUAGGCCGCCUUAAGGAAUCGCCUUUCACUCCCGAGAUGUUAGGGGUCCUUAGGAAGGAUUGGUUUAGUUGCAUAGAGGCUGCUUCGGGAGGCAAGUGUACGGAUCUUGAUGUGGUGCCGAGUGGCCAGCCAUUCUUCUUGCAUGCUGUGUCUGCGACAGCGCGGCUGUUGCAGGACCCAGAUUGGAAAGCCGUUUCUUGCCAGGAGGACUCCUAUGUCAGCGGGGUCGCGAUCGGUUAUGACUGCCCCGCGCCUCACUUGCCACAGGUGUACGAGUACAAACACAAGUCCCGCAAGCUCGAUGAAUCGGAUGCCGAGUGGCAUCGCGAGAACUAUUCGUCGGCAAACGAAACGUCGGAUCAGCUUGAGAAGAAGUUUGCAGAGGAAGAGGCUCUUGGGCGCAUGGAGGUAGUUCACCUUGUGCGCAGCGCAAAGCAAAGUCAGGAGGCCACCUUUUGCCUCACCGGCGAUGUGACGGUGCGCAACGACACGCCGGUCGUUUGGUACAACAAAGUAGGAACGUUCGGUAUAUCAUCAUCCGCCUUCCUUUGGUCUAGAUUGUUUGGAAUCAUCGGCCGCUGCACCGCGCGCUUUCUUUUGACCUUGUGGUUCUAUCACCUCGUCUUCGUAGAUGAUGUUCACGCCAACUUCGCAGGAAGGGAGAAAUUUCAUCAUUUGCUCAUGUGGCUAGCAUGCUUCGAGAUGUUUGGCACACCUUUCGCAUACAAGAAGUUCCGCGGUGGGCUCACUUCGGCUUUUGUGGGUUACGAACUUUCUUAUCCAGACCAGAGGGUCGGAAUUUCGGAGUCGCGGGGCCAGUGGCUCUUGAAAUGGAUCGCUGAGGCUCGGUCCUCGAAGUUUGUUGUUUCGGUUCGCAGGUUUGCUGAGUUCUUAGGGAGACUGGGCUUCGUCGCUCGGCUUUUGGUUUGGCUUAAGGCACACCUUGCACCGCUUUACAGCUGGAGGGCAGCGGUGAACGACAGUUCAGUCGCUCGGAUGCCCGACACCGUCAUCCUUACUCUUGAAUAUCUUGACCUCACGUUCAGGGACAUGACGUUCAAGGUCGCCGCAGCAAGAUCGGUCAAAAGAGAAGGCGUGGCCUUCCGCACUGAUGCAAAGUGCGCGGACGGGUACGUGGUCCUUGGGGGUUGGGAUUGCGCAGGCACAACUCAGGAGUCCAGAUGGUUCUCACUUCGACUUACUCCCUCAGAGGCCCCUUACCUCUUUGACUCAGAAGGUCACAGUCAGUGGGCUUCGGCAUCGGCUGAAUUGCUGGCCACGCUGGCUGCACUGCACAUCUUCGGUCACCUUGAAGCCGGGCCAACUAGGCGUUUGAUGAAGGUUGAGGUUCUAGCUCAGACGGAUAAUAAGUCUAACGAGGGCUUGACUCGCAAGGGUUCUACAACGCGCUGGCCCUUGCUCAUGGUGAACAUGCAGCUCACCCAUGUUCUCAUGAAGGCCGGCUUGCGGUUGAACUUGGGAUGGCGUCCACGGGACGAAAAUCAGGAGGCCGAUGAUUUAACCAACGAAAUCUUCGACCGUUUCUCUGAGGAGUUGCGGGUCCCAGUGCAGUACUCCGAAUUGCCGCUUUCCUUUCUUCACACUCUUUACGAAGCCAGGCGUGCACAGCUGAGCAGCCGUGAAGUGGAUUCCAUCCGCGACACGGCGGCCGCCGGGCCCUUAGCCAUGGCCUUGGGUCGCCAUGACCUUCUGCUUUCAGGUACGGUCGGGCCCCGCAUUCUCUUGCUCUCCGGUGGACCCUCCUGGCUGUCUCUCGUCUUUGCCCCAGAUGCCUUCCUCGGGAUCGGCUUGGCUCGGGCCCCGAUCAGCCGAGCCGGAUUCAGUUAUCAGAGUUACUAUUUCCUCCCUCCAGCCUAUUUUGAGCGCUUUGCCCUUUCACCGCGUUUCUUCGAGCCCAAGCCAGCACCUCAGCCUCCCAAGCCCGUGCUGGCCUGUGCCAAAAUGUUGGUCAGGGAUCAGCGCGCCCAGCGCUUUCCUUGGCCUUCCUACGCCAACAGCCCUACCCUGCAAUGGAAUCAAGGCCAGCCGACAGCCAACGUGACCAACCUUUCUGCCAUGGGCCGCAUGAAUGCUGGUCUCUCUGGCCCUUUAGCCUUCGACCCGGACACAAGUGCAGCCUACGAAGCCCUGCAACCACAGCCUUCCGAUCAGGAUUUCAGCCAGGAGCCGAUCACUGAGCCUACGCUACAAUCACUAGCCGAUCGUACAUUCUGGAAGCCGAUCGCCGUGGCGCCCAACAAGCCUUCAGCCGCGCCUUCGGUGCCUUUUGUCGCCUUGGGUUUUUAUCAGCGCCAAGAUAGACGCCGUCAGAAUUCGACUGGAUCAUACAUACGCCAGGCUCACCUCACUGGCCUUCUUCUGACUCUUCAGCAAGCCUUUCCAGCGAUAGCAGCCUAUCUCACGGAGGCGGCAGUCGACGCUUGCCAGUACCAAGGACCAGCCUUGCAGGACUCCGAAGGAGACCCAGAAGCCUAG